CUGCCUCUCUGUCUCCUGUCCAUCGCCAUCACCCACUUGCCUCCCUCCUGUCUCCGUCAACAUGGCAAGCAUGAACGAGCCUGCUCCAAACACAGCAGCAUCUCCCGCCCACCAAGCUCAAGAUGAAUCCAAACCAACCUCGUCGAUGCCCGAUAUCACCCAGCUCUCACUCGAACACAACCCAGACAUCUUCACCAUCGUGUGCUGUAACGACAGCUUCCAGCUUGCCUUCGACCACAGCACCAUCAAGGCCCUGCUCCGAGUGUGCAAACGAGCCCAGUCUCUCCUGAGCUCCAAGGUGCCUCGCUUCCUCACCUGGUGCCAGAAGGCUGGAUUCUGUCGUCCAGAUGGACAGAUGCGGAUCGGCCUCACACCCAGUGACCAGGUUGCACUCUCCCUGCACUGCGAUGAUCAAGAGACAGCCGAUCGAUCCUGGCUCGAAGAUCAAGCUGAACAAGGCACUGCUGCCGCCUCCUAUAUCAUGGCAAAGAUCCUCCAACUCGAUCUCGACCAAGACCAAGUGAAAUGGUCCGAGAAGGAAGCCACCAAGCAGCAAAUCUUCCACCAUUUGGAGAACGCCGCCGAAGCCCAACAUCCGAUGGCACAGUUCCACCUGGCUAAAGGUUAUCAUGACGGCAAUGGAUUCAACCAAUCCCCAGCCAAGGCUGUCGAGCUAUACCUCAGCCUUGCAGAACGGGGGAUCCCUCAGGCCCAAAUCUCCCUUGGUCAAAGUUAUGAGAACGGCGAAGGUGUCGAUCAAGACUUCAAUGCAGCCAUCGAAUGGUAUUCCAAGGCUGCGGACCAGAGCAGUGAAGACGGCCGCCUCCACAUCGUAUUCCUCCGAGGAUGGUUCUCGUUCAUCGGCCAUGGUGUCGAACAGAGCGAUGUCGAUGCCUUCAAUCGCUGGCAGGAAGUCAGCACCCAAUCUACCGAUCCAGUCAUCAAACCCAUCGCCACCCACAUGGUUGGCUGGAUGCACUAUCUCGGCCGGGGUACCCAGCAGGACAAGCAGAAGGGAAUCAAGAUCAUCCGAGAGAACAGAUCGAAUGAGUUCCCUUUCGGAGAAGACGAAUGUCUGUUAGCGGGUUGGGAGUCCAUCAGCUCCGACUCAUCCGCCGCACGCAAGCUAUUUCAGGUUUGCCAGCUGGGAUCGGACCGGGACUGGUUGUGCAGGCAUCUCAUGGCCGUAUGUCUGGUCAAUGGAUUCGGAACCACCCCAGACUGGGAAAAAGCCGCUGGCAUCUUUGAGCAACUCGCAAACGAAGGCCACAGCGACAGUCAGUUGUGGAUUGGAGAUUGCUAUCGAUGCGACAAGGGAGUAUCGAUGGACGAGCCGAAGGCAUUCGAGUGGUUCAGCAAGUCCGCCGACCAAGGCAACUCAUACGGACAGUGGAUGGUUGGUUCGUGCUACUUGAAUGAAUGGGGAGUCAUCCGUGACUACUCCAAGGCAGUCGAAUGGAAUCGCAAGUCGGCUGAACUGGGCAAUCGAUACGCACAAGGUGAUCUCGGCUAUUGCUACCAAUAUGGCCGUGGUGUCCCGCAGGACAUCGACAGUGCCGUCUUCUGGUAUCGCAAGUCCGCCAACCAGGGUUUUGAAUAUACCAUCGACAAACUCAAGUCUCUGGGAGGAUGGCCUUGAUAUCAGGUUUGGCCGAUGACGCUUUGAUUCAUCAUCCAUAUGAAAUUUAGGAGAUCACAUCCAAUAAAUCGAGGAAACCACCUCACCAACACACAAAGUAAUGAUGUUGUAUUUGACGUUCAUUACAUU